AUGUCUAACACGGAUUGGGAUUCAAAGACAGUGAUUGGGCGCGGAGUACGAGCGGGCGGCACUGGAACUGGCUCCAACGCACCGUCCGCCUACGAUCGCGCCAAACAGGUGGGUGCAAUCACUGAAAACGAUCGCAAAGUGACUGCUGGCACGAACAAAGCACAUCUAGGCACAGAUCAUCAACGGAUCGCCAAACUCGACCGCGAAAACGAAGUGGCGCCACCACCCAAAGUCGCGCCCACCGUAGGCAAGACCAUCGCACAGAAACGCCAGGAAAAAGCGCUCACCCAAAAAGACCUCGCCACCAAAAUCAACGAGAAACCCCAAGUCGUCCAAGACUACGAGUCCGGAAAGGCCAUCCCCAACCCGCAAAUCCUCGCCAAACUCGAACGAGCCCUCGCCGUCAAAUUGAGAGGAAAGGACAUAGGCUCCCCCCUAGCUGGCCCAAAGAAGAAGUAA